AUGUCGUCUUCAACCACCACUGCGGACACCCACCCGCCGGCCGACCCCAUCAAGCGCCGGUCCAGCUUCUCCAGCGACGACUCCUCCUGCCCCGGCCCCAUUGUCGGCUCGGACAGCUAUCGCCGCCGCACCCUCGCCAACUUCAUUUCCUUCCUGCAAGACACCAACGACGCCGCAUUCGAGCAAGCUCCAGGCCCCACCCGCCCCACCCGCCAAUUCCAGUUCCGCACGAUGCGCGGCUCGGACGAUGUAGAGGACAGGGAGAGCGAGGUGUUCGGGCAGCCCAGCGCUCAGGGUCUGGAGGUGAUUUUUGACGGGGAGGGGACGAGGUACUGUACGAAGCGAGGACCGGAGUCCGAGAUGGAGCCGGACAAGAGGCUUGAUGUGAUUGCGCGGAGCAUGUCGGGUCCGGAUGUGGUGUGGCUGACUCAGGUAGGGACGGAGAUGCAGGAGGGCACGGCGACGAGGGAGGAUUGGGAGGUGGCGCUCUUAACAGUCUUCCGGGGGGCGUACGAGCGGAAGAAGGGGUCCGUGGGCGGUGUCUGGUUUGAAGAGCUGCCCCGCGCCAGCAUGAGCGCUCGAUUUGUGGAGGGACGAGCGGAACGCAGGUGUUCCGGUAUUACACUGACCUUCCGCCCUAAGGUCGCCGCGCCGAAGUGA